AUGCUAAAAGCAGUUUGCAAGCUUGUUGCCUCAAGCUUUAAGGACUGGUUUGACUGCUUUUUGAAGCUUAGAGGCAAAAAAACAACAGCUCUCAUUGCGGUGAUCAUGUGGAUGAUUUGGAGAUGCCGGAACCAAAAAAUAUUUGAAGAUAAGGAUGGAGUUGCAAAACAAGUGGGUGAAUUUGCCAAGGCCUUCUUACAUGAGUUUUGGAAUAUCCACAAUACGAAGGGGACACGAAGGAGUAUAGAAUACCACAAAUGGGUAGCACCUGCGGAGCACCUUCUGAAACUUAAUGUGGAUGGCGCUUUUUCUGAAGCUGCAGCUGGAGUUGGAGUGGUGGUAAGGAAUCACCUGGGCCAAGUGGAGGCUAUACUGGCAACACGAGUGACUACUGCUCUAAAUGCAGAACAUGUGGAAUGUUUGGCAUUUCUUAGUGCUUUGGAGUUUGCCAGAGAUUUUGGAAUAACACAUUUCUUGCUGGAAGGGGAUGCUUUGAAUAUUGUAGAGAGGAUUAAUAGCAAUGAGCCAGAUCUGUCAUUGAUAGGUAACAUAGUUCACGGAAUAAGAUCACUACUGGCUACUUUUGAUUUUGUAAAGGUUAAUUAUGUGAGGAGGACCAACAAUGUUCCUGCCCACAUCGUGUCUAAAAUGUCUCUGUCUCUUGAGGGAAGUCGAGUGUGGUUUGUGGACUUCCCCAAGGCUGUUACUGAUGCUGCUCUUCAAGAUUUGACAUGA